AUGUUGAGAGCUUCUUCAAAAUUUCUGUGUAAAAUCUCAUCGAAAAACCCUAAAUCUUCAAUUCCUCAAAGCUUCAAUCUUUAUCUUCACCACAGAAACAGAGAAAUCAGUGAUUUCACUGUUGAUCCCACUCGCAUUUACAACAAAUCAGGGCUUGCUUCGAGCCCUAGCUUAUCGAUAUGGAGACGGAAGAAAGAAAUGAGCAAAGAAGGUUUAAUCGCUGCCAAAGAGCUCAAGCGUCUUCAAACCAAAUUGCUCCGACUCGAUCGAUAUAUCUCCUCACAUGUCUCUCGUCUUCUUAAAUCCGAUCUCGUCUCUGUUCUUGCCGAGUUUCAGAGACAAGACCAAGUUUUCCUCUGUAUGAAGCUCUAUGAAGUGGUGAGAAGAGAAAUAUGGUAUAGACCGGAUAUGUUUUUCUACAGAGACAUGCUAAUGAUGCUUGCAAGAAACAAGAAAGUGGACGAAACCAAGAAAGUAUGGGAAGAUUUAAAGAGAGAAGGAGUUUUGUUUGAUCAGCAUACGUUCGGAGACCUUGUUCGAGUGUUCGUGGAUAACGAGCUUCCCGUGGAAGCGAUGAGAUUGUAUGAAGAGAUGAGAGAUUCUCCUGAGCCGCCAUUGUCACUGCCGUUUAGAGUUAUUCUGAAAGGACUCGUUCCUUAUCCUGAGUUGAGAGAGAAGGUGAAAGAUGAUUUCUUGGAGCUUUUCCCUGGAAUGGUUGUGUAUGAUGCUCCUGAGUAUUUGUGUGAUAUAAGUGAUGACGAAGAAGCAAGAACAGAUAGCGACCUUGAUUAG